ACUUGCGCACAUUAGCACUCUUAACUACCACAAACUGCCUCGAUGUCCCAGCUAUACACUUCUCAUGAACCACACAAAACAAUGGUGUAGAUGUUGGCCGUCGGCGAGAGAACCCUCCAUCUCCGUCCAGAGCCGAUUGAAGCCGAGGCAACGACACCAAGAGUAGUAACCAUCUUGUCCUUCGUGCUGGAGAAGCUGGUGGCUCGAAACGACCGCCUGGUGGUCGGGUCAAGCCAGCAGCAGCUUGAUGGCCUGAGCGGCGUCGUCUCUGCUCCACUGGGGAAGAGCUUGAACGUCUUUCACGGCGUGAGAGCGCCGAGUAUUAGCAUACCCAAGUACUUGGAGAGAAUAUAUAAGUACACGGAUUGUAGCCCGUCGUGUUUAGUAGUUGGGUAUGUGUAUAUAGAUCGGUUAGUGCAUAAACACCCUGACUCGCUUGUGUUCUCACUCAAUGUUCAUAGAUUGCUGGUCACUAGUGUCAUGGUUGCCUCUAAGAUGCUGGAUGAUGUGCAUUAUAACAAUGCAUUCUAUGCUCGAGUUGGGGGAGUGAGCAACGCAGAAUUGAACAAGCUGGAAAUGGAGCUGCUUUUCUUGUUGGAUUUCGGAGUUACAGUAAGCUCUCGGGUUUUCGAGAGCUAUUGCCUGCUCUUGGAGAAGGAGAUGCUGUGGAGCAAUAGCACAGGCCAAAAGGUCGAAAGGUCAAUAAUGGCUAACGGUGUUGACAAUGUGACUGAAAUAUCAGUGGAAGAAGAUGCACACGGUUCUUCGCCGCCUCAAUUGACAGACUGAACCAAGUUUUUCUUUUCUAUAUUCAACUGGUCUGACAAUUCAUGUAACCUAAUCCAUGGGACUAUUAUUUUUUUUCCUUCUUUUCUAUACUAUGUUUUUAUGUGAUCAAUUAGCAGAAUCGUUCAGCUAUGUCUUUCACAAAAUUGACCAGUGAACAAAGUUGACUUGAUUGAAGUUGAAAGCAACACUCUUUUGAUAGCUUAAA